AUGAUAAGAUUUUAUGCAACAACAUCUGUGAAGUUGUUAGAAACAAAUGAUGAACUUAUUGCAAAACAAAAAUUUGAAUUGGUUCCAUUUGAUGAGCUGAAGUAUCUUGCUGACAAAAACACAACUCUAAUAGAUGUAAUAGGAGAAAUCGUAGGAAUUUCUCCCAUGGAGAAGAUAGAGGUGCGUGGGAAAAAAUUAAACAAAAGGCUAAUUGAACUUCAAGAUAACAGGAGGGAAAAAAUUAGAAUCACAUUUUGGGAUAAAUUUGCAAAGGCAAUUAAUGAAGAAAUAUGUUUUGAUAAUUCUAUGCGGCCUAUUAUAAUUAUCACAUCAACCACGGUUAAGACUUAUAUGAGGAAAUUAUCAUUGUCUUCUACAAACUCUUCAAAGUUGUCUGUGAAUUUAGAUAUUCUAGAGGUCAUAGAGUUAAGAAAAAGUCUUGAAGAAAUUGAAUUCAGCCUUGAUGAGAAAGAGAAGAAGAUUGAGUCGUUGCAACUAUCACGUUCAAUCCUUGACCCUAAUGAGAUUUCUAAGAUGAAAAGAACACUAUUGGAAAUUUUGACCUUUAUAAAGACUGAAAAAGAACAGUAUGGCAGAGAGUAA